UCUAUAGCGUCGCAGAAAGCGACACACACAUACCGCGGCGCCCCUUUGGAUGUCUAGCGUCGCACAUUACGUCGAUCAGCACAUGAUUUGAAGUACCAAGGCGCAAUGUCGCAUGAAAGAAGGCUGGGCAUGGGACUCCUGUUCCUGACACUGCUUAUCAAGGACACGCUUUCCGAAGAUACAUGGGUGGAGAAGGUCGAGCGACGCGUGAAGCAAAACUUGGGUGACUCCAUCCAGUGGAUAUCGGGACCCGAUCACAAACAUGAUUUGGAGAGGAGAGAGCAGUCUUCAUUUAUCCGGAAAAUGGGCAUCGGCAUUGCCAUCGCCUUCGGCUGUCUGGGGGCAGCGAUUGCUUGCUUUUGUGCCUACAUUUGCGCGAGAAAGAGAAGAAAUGCACAGAGGGCGCAGCCUUUGGUAGGAGCCUCCUGUCUGACGCCAGCCACUUCCGGUUCCUCAGUACCAGUUGGCCCUGGUUACCUGAACCCACAAUGUCCUCGGCCCUGCAGUCAGCCGUGGUCUCAAGCCCCGUACGGCCCACAUCAACCUCAGCAGUCAUACCCGCCGUCCUACAUCUCGUCCUACCCUCAGCAGCAUGCCCAAAUGCCCGAACAUCUAGGGGCCACUGCACCACCUUCCGCUCCUACAGCACCUCCGGUGUCGUUUGAGCAAAUGCCCAUGCCACCGCCGCCAUAUGACUACAAGGACUACAAAGACCCGAGCCGUUACUAGACUGCCGCAUGGAUGUCCGAACUCUAUUUCUACUGGAGUCUUCAGAACAUCGGCAUGGGACAAGCGGUGCCUUCAAGAGCUGCCCCAGGACUCGGGUCUACUAACAGAUCUGCAAGACACAGUGUACUAGAGACUGUUCUGUGACACUGCUUGUGAUCCGUAGGCUACAUGAAAUGGGUUCUUCGUGUUAGCUGUAGUCUGACCUCCUCAGGAAGUGUGUUUAGGCGUCAUCGCUUCCAGGGUCAGAUGCUCUUGCGUAUUGGCAGCCAAUGACAAGAUCCUGCUGAGACAGAACAUUGGACCGUCAAUUUCGGCAAAUGUGCGUACGACGAGGUGUUAUGGACCACACAUAUGGAAAUGGGUCCUGUUGUGCGUUUUAUGCGUUCGAUCUGAUGCCUAGCGGUAAAAUCUCAAACCCCGGGAAAGGGGGAAAGGGGUUCCAGUUUUAACACGUAUGCGAGACGUAUACGCUUGAAUAAAGACCAGAAAUGUACAGUACAUUGGAAACAUUCGAGUUGUAAUCAUAUUUGCGUCUCC